AUGGCACUACCAAAGGUUCUUCUCCUUGGGAAGAUCGAUCACGCCACUGACUCGUGGAGUGCACUGUCGGACAUAGCCGACCUUGUGUUGUCAGACGCAGGCAGUAGGUCAGACUUCAUGAGAGAAUGUAUUAGUGGCAGAUAUGAGGGUGUCGUCGCCAUCUGCGAUCGAGCACCGUCUAGCCUCAAGGCAACCGGAAGAUACGACGAAGAACUGAUAUCGAUACUCCCCACGACCUUGAAGUUCAUAUGUCAUAAUGGUGCUGGCUAUGAUAAUAUCCAGAUCCCACCCUGUACCGCCCGCGGCAUCUUGGUGUCCAACUGCCCUGGCGUUGUUGAGAAUGCCACGGCUGAUGCGGCUGUCUUCCUGAUCCUGGCUGCCCUACGGGGGUUCAAUAACGGUAUAAUGGCCAUCAGAAACGGCACCUGGCUCGGCGCAGUUCCACCCCCACCGCUUGGGCAUGACCCGCAGGGCAAAACUCUGGGCAUCCUCGGCAUGGGCGGUAUCGGGCGCAACCUCAAGCGCAAGGCUGAGAUCUUCGGGAUGAGGGUCAUAUACCACAACCGAAGGCCACUUCCUAGUGGCGAUGCCGAUGGCGCCGAAUACGUGAGCUUCGAUGAGCUUCUGGCUACAAGUGACGUGCUGAGCCUUAACCUGCCGUUGAAUCUGAACACCCGCAAUAUCAUCUCGACGAGGGAGUUCGACAAGAUGAGGGAGGGCAUCGUCAUAGUCAACACUGCAAGAGGGGGCGUGAUGGACGAGAACGCCCUUGUCGAAGCCAUCAGCUCGGGGCGCGUACGGUCUGUAGGGCUAGAUGUGUAUCAGCAGGAGCCAAACAUCCAUCCUGGUCUGGUCUCAAACCCUCAUGUAUGCCUGAUUCCCCACAUGGGAACAUCGACUGUGGAGACCAAGACAGCUAUGGAGGAAUUGACGAUCAGCAAUAUUCGCUCGGCCUUGGAGACGGGAAGACUGAAGACUGUGGUACCCGAGCAAAAACAUAUAUAA